GCUUCGGCGACUUGCUCAAUCCUCCUGGGACCGAGAUGAAGGCGGCCCGUCGUCUUCAGAUGCCGCGACGCAGCACUCGGGAGGCGGAGAGAGUGUCGGCCCCCAAGACUGACUGGGGCCACUUCAGCCGGCUUACACCGUGAGAGGUAGUUGCAAAACCCCAAGAUAUGCCUGUCAAUGACUUCCCUCUGAUUGAAGGUCGCUCUUAUCCAACAAAUCGCAUCAGUACUCAACGUACUACUCCUCGAAAUGGCUGACAGUAAUGCCACGAAGACGCCAUGGCGCAUCUAUCUGUAUGGUGCCGGCUCCAUCGCGUGGCGACACGGCGUGGCGGCGCAGAGCCUAGGAGAGGACGUCGAGAUCUUUGCUGCCGACCCUUCGCAGGAUGCCCGCGAGUCACUGCUCUCCAAGGUCCCCAAGGCUACUGUCUACCAAGAUGCCCAAGACAUGCUCGCCAGCUCCCCAGGUCGGGCGCGCGACAUUGUCGUCGUAGCCGUGCCCCCCUUCCUGCACCACGCGGCGACACUGCGCGCCUUUGCCUCCGGACGCCACGUCCUCUGCGAGAAGCCCCUCGCCACGUCCGAGACGGAGAUGGCCGAGAUGCUGGCCGCCAGUGACGCCGCCGGCCGCAUCCUGUCCGAGUGCAGCUUCCGCUACCUCGGCAACGGGGCUCUGGAGCGUGCCCGCCAGCUCAUCGAGACGGGCGGCGUCGGCUCCGUCUAUCAUACGCGCUUCGUCAACCGCCAGCCGCGUUCGCGUGCCGGCAUCGAGUACCAGCCCACGAGCCGCUGGUUCCUCCAGCGGGACAAGUCAGGCGGUGGCACCAUCUUUGACUGGGGCGUCUACGACAUGACCAUGUUCUUCGACGUUGUCCGCCCCGUGGCUGCCACGGUCAACUAUGCCUGGUUGGCGACGCCCAAGACAGACAUCGACCCGACUGACCCCCCCAUCUCCGUCGAGACGCACGCCGGGGCGUCGCUGACCCUCACGCUGGACAGCGGCGCCGUCGUCCCGUUCCACUGGGAGCGCGCGAGUGGCUUCCAUGGCGCGCCCCAGGUUGCCAUCAAUGUCGACGGCACGGCCGGCGGCCUGACGUGGGAAUGGGUCCCGACGUUCGACUACAAGGCGGAGGUGGAUGCCGCGCAGGAAGGCUUCAGGCUGACGCACUACACUGACAAGAACGGCGAGGUGGACGCGGAGGAGCAAAUGUUUCCUGGGUUCGGGUGGGAGGACGCCAAUCAGCGCCCCUUGCUCGCCUUUGUUGAGCUGAUUGAGGGGCGUGAGAGCUUGGCCUUGUCCCGGAGCAGGAUGGAGUUCAACUUUGGGGUGGUGCUGGCUAUUUACAAGUCGGCUUCAGAGGGGAAGCCCAUUCAUGUCCAGCUCAAGUAAGGAAAGGCGGGAAAUGGGCAGAUAAUUGUGUACAUGUAGGGUAGGUAGUAUGUGUUGUGUCACGUGUGUCACGCAGGCGUACCUUGCUUGUCAGGCUGCACUUUCACAUUCGGCUUACCCUGUUCUUCCUC